AUGUUUGCCCAUGUACCUAUUGAUUGGAAUAUAACUACCAAAUUAACAACUUGCACAGAAACAAUAAAAAUCUUUAUUAAACGAUAUUUCAUACAUGGAAAUGAAAAUACAGGUCAUCAUUUAUGGCGAAUAGCAGGAGGUGGUGGUAUACCGAUAUCGACUUUAGAAUCAGAAGCUAUUCGUAUUGUUUCGAAAUACAAUGGUACUAUAUCAAUAUAUGCUAUGGAUAAACGUAGCGUUGGUGAAAGUGAUCUAUUAGAAUGUCCAAUAUCAGUAUUUUUAAAUUUUUCAUAUUGUUCAUCAUAUAUAAAAGAAAAUGAAUAUCGCUUAAAGCAUAAUACAUUUACAAAUAUGGCACGUGAUUUACAAUACGUAUUAAAAGUUGCUUCUAAUCGUCAACAUUUAAAAUCAAAUCAACGUGUCAUAUUACUGGGUUCAAGUCAAGGAACUUAUCUUUUACAACGAUAUCUUCAUUUAAUAGAAAAUGAAAAAGAAAUUGAUGGUGUUAUACUUGAUUCUGUUGUUCCAACAGAUUUUAUUGAUCUUGUUAAGCAUGAUAAGUAUGUUAAUUACAUGUUCUUAGAUUUAUUUCUAAGAUGUGCACAAGAUAAAGAAGGUUGUGCAAAUAAAUUUGAGGAUCAAAAUCCAUUACGUGCUGCCUAUACUUAUAAAAUCAAUGAAGAAAUUCAAGGAAAUUUAUCUUGUCUUUCAUCCUUAAAUACAACUAGUAUUGAAAUCGGUAUAAAAAUAUCAUAUUUAUUUUUUCCACUUGUUAUGCAAUUAAUACCAUCAUUAAUUUAUCGAAUAAAUCGAUGUAAUGCACAAGAUAAAAUUGUUUUACAACAUUUUCUAAAACAUACAGCAUCAUCAUCAUUGUUUCCAUAUAAUCGACCUGGAUAUUCCAUGUUGGUUGCAUUAAAUAACGAUUUAACUGAACUAUGGUCUACACGAGAUCAUAAUGACGAACGGCUUUCUUGUGAAUAUGUUAAAGGAAUGUCGGACAAUACAUUUAUGGCAAUGCAAUUGAUGUCGAAUAUUUAUUGUCCAAUACAAAGAAGUGGUGUACUUGGAUAUAAUACUGAUCAAUAUUAUGAAACAUAUCCAAUAUUAAAAAUUCAAAUUCCAGUUUUAGUUUUACAUGGUGAUAUGGAUGAAACAUUGCCAUUACCAGUUGCUCGACAUUUUCAUAAAAAAUAUUCAUCUUUAAAUUCCAAUUUAACUUAUAUUGAAAUGCCUCGAACAGGACAUACAGCAAUAGAUGCAUCGCCAAUGAUAGAUCAAGACAUAAGUUGUGGUUGGCUUUUAGUUAUAUCAUUUAUUUUAUCACCAACAUUUCAACCAGAUAGAUCUUGUCUUCGAAAAAUUAGUCCCAUCGAUUUUGCUGGAACCACAACGAAUAGUCAAGAGUUAUCUAUGAUAUAUUUCGGAACAUACAAUAUGUGGGAUUAA